ACAGUUUGGAUGUUAGAAAGGACAUGAGGAGACUAAAGACCUGGGAUUGUGCUGAUCAGAAUGAAACCAAUGUUGAAAGACUUUUCAAAUCUGUUGUUGGUGCUGCUCUGUGACUAUGUGCUUGGAAAAGCUGAAUAUCUCUUGUUGGGAGAACCAGGCCAUGUAGCACUAAGCAACAGGUCAGUGUCUGUGUAUUUCCAGUAUUCUGAUGGUGUUAAUGGGACGAUGAGGAACGUAUCUGUACUGCUUUUGGAGGCCAACACCAAUCAGACUGUGACCACUAAGUACAUCCUGACCAACCAGUCCCGGGGAACACUCAAGUUUGAGUGCUUCUAUUUCAAAGAGGCUGGUGACUACCAGUUCAUAAUGCCUCUGGAAUCAAUAGACAAUAGCACUCCACUCUUCCAUGGGGAGAAAAGUGCCUUUCUGAAGGUGGAAUGGCCUCUCUUUCACAUCGACUUGAAUAGGACCUCCACGGCAGCAGAAGGCACCUUCCAGGUGGGUCUUUUCACUAGCCAGCCACUCUGCCCGUUUCCUAUGCCCAAGCCUGACAUCAUGGUGGAUGUCAUCUUCACCAACAGUCACCCCCAGGCAAGUGCAACUCUGGGGCAUCCACUGGAGAUAAGAACCAGCAAAAGGACAGAACUUGCUCAAGGUCAAUGGGUUGAGUUUGGUUGUGCACCUGUGGGACCAGAAGCCUAUGUCACUGUGGUGCUGAAGCUGCAGGAGCGAGACUCAGUCAUUACUUCCACGGGACCCAUUGACCUGGCCCAGAAGUUCGGAUACAAACUGGUGAUGGUGCCAGAACUCAGGUGUGAGUCUGGUGUGGAGGUGACGGUGCUGCCCCCACCGUGCAUCUUUGUUCAGGGGGUGAUCACUGUCUUCAAGGACAACCCCGGACACUCUGGGGAGAGGACUAUGCAGGUGGCUGCGAACAGCCUGCCCCUGGGAGAGAGGAGAACAGAGUUUAACUGUACUUUGUUUGAAAUGGGGAAGAAUAAAUACUGCUUUGACUUUGGCGUUUCAAGCAGAAGUCAUUUUUCUGCAAAGGAGAAGGAGUGCAUGCUAAUUCAGAGAAAUAUAGAAACUUGGGGACUAUGGCAGCCAUGGAACCAGUGUAGCACCACAUGUGGGGAUGGUGUCAGAGAGCGUCGCCGAGUGUGUCUCACUUCUUUCCCCACCAGACCUGGUUGCCCUGGAAUGCCCGUGGAGACCUCCCUAUGUUCUCUGGAGGAGUGUGCUGCUUUCAGACCAUCUGUCCUGCCUCCUCUUCAGCCCCGGGGUCCAGCGAAGUCCAACAACAUCGUGACGGUCACUGGUAUAUCCCUGUGCUUGUUCAUCAUCGUGGCCACCGUGCUCAUCACGCUGUGGAGGAGGUUCGGCCGCACCCCCAAGUGCAGCAGCCCCGUGCGACACAGCUCCGUGCACACUCCCGGCUUCCGCAAGAACUCGGACCAGGAGACCAUCUGCGAGCUGGGUGAGCUGGGCGAGCAGCGCGGCAGCUUCUCGGACACAGGCGACGGGCCCGGGGCAGGCGUGGGCAUCCCACUGGCCUUCCUGAGUGCUCCCGUGGCCCCUGAGGAUGACGCCUCGGGCAGCGAGAGCUUCCAGUCCGGUGCCCAGAAGAUAAUCCCCCCACUGUUCAGUUACCGCCUUGCGCAGCAGCAGUUGAAGGAGAUGAAGAAGAGAGGUCUGACGGAGACCACCAAAGUGUACCAUGUGUCACAGAGUCCCCUGACCGACACUGCCGUAGAUGCUGCGGCUGGCCUGCAGCCAUUGGACUUGGAAAGCUCGGAAGAAGCUGCUGCAAACAAGUUCCGGAUCAAAUCCCCAUUUCUGGAUCAGCCAGCAGCCCAUGCUGGGGACAGGCCUCCCUCUAGGCUGGACGUGGGCGUGUCUCAGGCCCGCUGUGCGGUUAGCCCUAGCCAGACCCUCAUCCGCAAGUCGCAGGUGAGGCAUGUGGGCAGCAGAGGGGCCCCGCUGGACAGGACCCACCCCAGGAACCCCCACUUCCGGAGGACGGCUAGUUUCCAUGAGACCAAGCAGGCCCGGCCGUUCAGGGAGAGGAGCAUGUCCACGCUGAUGCCGAGACAGGUCCCUGCCUACAGCUCCAGGGCGCGGACCUGGGACCAUGCAGAGGACAAAGUCAGGCCUCCAAGUCGGGGCGUCCACUUGUUCCCUGAAAGACUGGAGCUUCUCCAAGGAGCAGGAGGAAGCGGCGGCCCGUUGAGCCCUCUCCCUAGAUCGUGCACCGUGGGGCAGCCCUCCAGGAAAGCGGAGCUGGGGGAUCGCCAGGCGGGACUGGUGGUGGGAGUUGAGAGAACAGAGCCUCACAGAGCCCGGAGGGGCCCGUCCCCCAGUCACAGGAGUGUCUGCAGAAAGCAGUCUUCCCCCGCAUCCCCUAAGGAAAGCUACCAGAGGGUCAGUCCUCAGAGCCCUUCUCAAUGUCGAAAAGACAAGUGUCAGAGCUUCCCCUCCCACCCAGAGUUUGGCUUCUAUGACAAUUCCUCCUUUGGCCUCACAGAGGUGGAGCAGAGGAUGCUGGACCUCCCGGGAUACUUUGGGUCAAAUGAAGAGGAUGAAACUACAAGUACGCUUAGCAUGGAGAAGCUAGUCAUCUAGACCAGGAAUGAGUGGAGGACUUCACUCAGCUGCAUCAAACUGCCCUGGUUCUGUGGGCUGUUUUGUGUGACUUGCUGUAAGACAGUGAGGGGAGGAAAUACCUGGCACCAGAGGAGGAUGUAUGUAUGCUUGCCUUAUAGUUCAUAAGGGAGAAGUUAUUUAUCCUGAACUUUUCCUUUUG